GCGCGCGCUGCCUGCAAUUCACUGCCCGUGCCGUGGUGCUCACAGUCGAACCCUCCAAUCUCGAUCGGGACUCUGUGUUCAGAGGCAUCUGCUUCCAAGAACUAAAAUGACUACUCAAACGAAAUCGGGAAACGUCCCUCCGGGUCAAGAGAAGAAACUUCAGGGGACGAUUACUGGAAUCGAGCCAUUUGACAAAGCAGCAGAUGUGGCCGCCCUGCAACAAAUGUUACGAAAUGCUUCUUGCGAGACGGCCUUGGCGGACUUUCUAGUCCGCCGGAGCAACCAACAGCGCCAGGAGAUCCGAGAGGGUUACAAGGAGGCGACGGGAAGGGAACUGAUGCAAGCCAUCUGCGACGUGACUUCGGGCAAAUUUCAGGACGUGGUGGUCGGUCUACUAGACGAUUCAUUGCAGUUUGCGGCCCGGUGCCUGUACCAAGCGAUGAAGGGCCUCGGGACGGACGAAAAGGCUUUGGUCGAUGUGCUCUGCACCAGAAACCGCAACGUGGAAACUCUUGCCAUCAAAGAAACCUUCAAAGAUAUUUACAAUGUUGAUUUGGAGACUAUGCUGAAGCAGGACACCAGCGAUCCCUUCUUGAAACUUCUCCUGACCGUGGCUGCCGCAAACCGUGAUGAGGAACCUAGUGCUGAUAUAGAGACGCAGGCCCGAAAGGACGCAGAUGUGCUGUUUAAGGCAGGGGAAGGACGCCCAAGUGGUUCCCUUGACGACGACAAGUUCAUUGAAAUCCUGGCAACCCGCCCUCUCAUCCAGCUCCACUUGGCCACGUUCAAAUUCUAUGACCAGAAAUCGAAGAAGGGGGGCAUCCAACGAGCUUUAGAAUCGGAGAGGUGUAGCGAUGCGAUAGAUGGCUAUUUGGCUCUCGUGAAGACAGCAAAGGGUGAACUGGUCGAAUUCUACGCCGACCGACUGCACCAUGCCAUGAAGGGGAUGGGGACGGAUGACAGCUGUCUCAUCCGCACCCUGAUCUCGCGAUCCGAGAUCGACCUUGCUAACAUCAAGGACGAGUUUCAGGCCAAGUAUGGCCAGUCCUUGAGCAGCUUCGUCAAGGACGACACCAGUGGCGAUUACUGCAACAUUCUGGUCCGAAUUCUCUCAGGUAGCCCGCCCGCCAAACCUUAAAUCAGAAAGAGUACUUCUUUCAAGAACGAGACAUUAGAUUGUCGCAUGAAAGGAGAUGACGGGCAGUGGUGAUUUUAAUCGCACGCCUUUAAAAAACAGAAGAGAAUAAUGUAAUAGGGCAAAUGUGUUGAACUUAUUUGGAUUCGUUGGUAUUAAAACUAGACAUAAUUAAUUGGUGGUGGAAACACCGUAUAGUUGGAUUUCAGAACGAUUAGCGUUAUGUAAAUUCUGAUUUAUUAACAAUAAGAUGAAACACAAGUCAUUGCGUCAAAAAUGUUGACAUUGCUCCUCUUUCUUCAACCGAGUUCACCGUAAAAUUCACUAAAAUUGUUAGCUUGCCUUAGUGGAUUCAAAAACUCUCCACUCUUCGUCCUGUACAAUGUAAGGCAAUUGCUACUCAACUACUUGCCCACUCUUGGGCAGAUCCGGAACCAACUUUGGGGAGAUGACUGGACCCAAUUGGAAAUUGCUUCGGGUAAACUUUUAUGGCUCUUCACGUGGUUUAGGCUUUUUCAGUACACGAUUUCGGAAAAAAAAGGGAAAUGAAACUUACAAAAAGAAAUUCACCUUCUAUUUUUCCCCCAACAAAUAAAAGUAGGGGGCUAGAGAUGGCCAUUGCCCCUCUCCGACCUGCCCUUCGUGCCACUGGGGUCAAAAUCUAUCACCUGUCUCAUUUUUGCACGACUCUUUCCCAAGGUUGGUAACUCGUCACGCAAACUGACCAACAGUUAAGCCCAUCCCGCGAUCUGUCCGGUAGAACAAUGCCAACAAACUCGUCUCAAGUUCAGGUGUUAUCUAAAUGUAUUUGCACUUUACAAAAUGAGUUUUACGAAUCUAUUUUAACCUAUCGUGUAAGCCUGCUUCGUGAUACUGAUGUGUAAUGCUUUUUCGAGUUUUCUUAAUGGUUGUGGGGUGAACUGUAAGCUGUCGUUAUUAAGGUUGAAAUUCCUUUUCUUUUGUUAAUUAAUUAUGGCGGAGCCUGCGCUAGGAUGCCUUUGAAUAUACCUGAAUAGCAUUUGUGUAAAUCUGGAAAUUGGGAGGAUGGGGUGGGGACAGGUGGGGGGAUGACUUGCCUGGCCAUUGAAAUUUGAAAAGCGGGGGGAGGGGCUACACCAUUAUAUACUGUAUAGAGGGCAAUGUUCAUGAUAAAGAUGCACAUCUGCAAUGUGUAUCAAAUUCAUCUUAUAUCAGAAUUGCGUAUUUAUGGCUGUUAAAAUGGUUUUCACCUUUUAAUGACAUUGCCAUCAAUUUAGUUGUUGAGAAAUCCUACAUUUUCUUCACAGUCCCUUAUUUUUGGCUCAUGGCAAAAAAAAGACGGGAUGAUUCAACAGACCAUGUCCCCACCUCAAAAACAUAGGGGAAUAUAUAUUUACCCCCAUCCCCAGGGAUUUACGCCCAUGCUGAAUAGUAAAACCGUAAACAGUAAUUUAGAAAAGUCUGUUUAUCUUUUGUAGCGUUCACAGUCGGUUAGCGGAAUCUGUUGAAAUCAUUUUCAUCAAUGAUGUAAACGGACAUUUAGAUUUAUUUAUCAUUAAACGGUUUCGUUAAAAUGUUA